AAUAAUAAUAAUAAUAAUUUAGUGAAAGAGAGAGACAACUGGGCACUUGAGUUUUAACAAACGUGAAACCAAAAAUCGCAAAGAUGGGACAUGGGAGAUAUGUUCGUCUGUACAGAGUUUUCAAGAAAAGUUUCUAGUUAAAUGCCAUCAAAAAAAAGAAUUAAAUGGAUAAGAAGAACAAACACCCAGUCCUUGUUCACAACCACAAAUAUGUAUUAACUUUCUUGUGGUGCUAUUCCAGUCUUUUUUGCUCUGCUAGAGAUACCAUGAAAUAUGGUGAUUUGGUCAGAGACAAAGUUAAUAGUAGAGAGACAAUUAAGCUUGUUUCAGACAAAGAAAUUUUUGAGCUCGGAUUCUUCACUCCCGAGGGCAGCCCUAGUCAGAAACGAUAUGUUGGGAUAUGGUACUACAAGGUCAGUCCAAGGACGGUUGUUUGGGUCGCCAACCGAGAAAAUCCACUAGUCACCACUUCAAGAACUAGAGGAGGAACCUUUGGUAUUGCAGAAGAUGGUAACCUUCAAGUGUUUGAUUACUCUGCUGGUACAGGAAGGUCAUUUUGGUCAUCGAAACUUGAAUCUUCCUCAUCUUCAAACAGGACAUUAACCCUUUUGGAUAAUGGAAAUCUUGUGCUAACUGAGUAUAACGGUAUAAGGCUGUGGGAGAGCUUUAAAAACCCAACUGAUACAUUUCUUCCCGGUAUGAAGAUGGAUGAGAAUGAGAGCUUAACGUUGACUUCAUGGAAACACGAGUUUGACCCUGACAUUGGUGACAUAUCGUUUACUAAGGGUGAGGGAACUAACUCGUUCAUGAUCCGUAAAAAAACGAGUACUCUCUGGAAAAGUGUUGAAAUCGGUAUGUUCUUAAGCCCAAAUCAGAUGCCGACUAUGAUAACAAACCUUUUAGAAAAUAAUAGUGAGCCAAAACAAAAAAAUACUACUUACAAAACAGGGCAAGAAGUCUCAAAUUAUAGUUACUCAAGGUUAGUGAUCUACUCUACUGGAAAAUUUGAGUACGUGACUUGGGAUGAUCAAAAUUGGGCAGUGGCAUGGUCUGUACCAAGUGAUAGGUGCGAUGAGCUAAACAUUUGUGGCGAUUUCGGGAUCUGUAACAGUAAUGAGCAGAUGAGGCCGUGCAGAUGCUUGCCUGGAUUUAAAUCGAGUCUGGUGGAGGAGUGGUAUUCUGGAGAUUACUCAGAUGUCUGUAGCAGAGGAACAAAACUCUGCAAAAAUGACACAUUCUUGAAGUUGAAGAUGAUGAAAGUGGGAAGACGAGACUCAACAACAAGCAUACAAGUUAACAAUGUGGCUGAAUGUGAGAUGACUUGCCGUGAUGAUUGCAAAUGCCAGGCUUAUUCACUUGAGACUCAUCAGAAUAGUUGGAACAGAGGGGAUUCAACACCAACUAAUUUGAGUUGUUGGACAUGGUCUGAAAAUCUAAACGAUCUUCAAGAAGAAAAUAUUACUAAGGAUGGCGUUCACACCUUCUUUGUGCGAGUUGCCUUAUCCGAUUUAAAUGGUGAAACUUCAAAUUCAUCAAUUGUGAAGCCUACGAGAAGAAAAUCGUUAUAUCUGAUUGUUUCGCUUACAGUUACCAGCGUAAUUGUUUUGUCAAUCAUUUUUAUUUCGCUUAUCAUAUGGAGAAAAAAGAAGACAAAAAUGCGAGAGAGCAGAAAAUUGUCUAACCAACAAAACAGAACACUUAACAAGUUAGACACUGAGAGACACAUCCAAGAAUUGAUGAACUCUAGGGAAAUCAAGGAGGAAGAUGAGAAAGGCAUAGAUGUACCAUUAUUUACUUUGAAAAGUGUACUCACCGCAACAAAUAACUUUUCUGUGGAAAACAAACUCGGACAAGGGGGUUAUGGGCCUGUUUACAAGGGGAAAUUUCCAGGAGGCCAAGAAAUUGCAGUAAAGACGCUGUCAAGUAUUUCAAGACAAGGGAUACAUGAAUUCAAGAAUGAAGUGAUAUUAAUAGCAAAACUUCAGCAUCGAAACCUUGUUAAACUUCGGGGGUAUUGCAUAGAGAAAGAGGAGAUGAUUUUACUCUACGAGUACAUGCCUAACAAAAGCUUAGACGCCUUCAUAUUUGAUGACACAAAAAGGGGCUUAUUGAAUUGGGAGCUACGCUUUGACAUUAUUAUGGGGAUAGCUCGCGGACUUCUUUAUCUUCAUCAAGACUCUAGAUUAAGGAUCAUUCACAGAGAUUUGAAGACCAGUAAUAUCCUUCUAGACUGUGAUAUGACACCCAAAAUAUCUGACUUUGGCCUGGCAAGGAUGGUUGGAGGCAAAGAAACAGAGGACAUCACAAAUAGAGUGGUUGGGACUUAUGGUUACAUGUCUCCGGAAUACGCUCUUGAAGGACUUUUCUCUGUCAAAUCCGAUGUAUUUAGUUUUGGUGUGGUUCUACUUGAGAUAGUAAGUGGGAAAAAGAGCACACGAUUUGUUCAUUCAGAUCCACCCUUGACCCUCCUGGGUUAUGCAUGGAAACUUUGGACAGAAAACAAGGUGUUGGAGUUAAUGGACCAGACUUUGCAGGAAAGUUGCAAAGAAGAUCAACUGAUUAAGUGUGUAAAUAUUGGGCUCUUAUGCGUACAAGAAGACCCAAGUGAUCGGCCAAACAUGUCAAACAUUGUAACCAUGCUUGACAGUGAUUCUGCAACUCUUCCAUCUGUGAAACAACCAGCUUUUGUCCUUAGAAAAGGAUCAAGUAACACAGCUUCUUCUAGUAAGCCUGAAACAGCGAACACAGAAAUAAGUUACACCAUCACCAUGGAAGAAGCUUGGCGAUUACUAACUAAUGAGACGUCUCUUGUUGGUCGAAUUUACAAGAGUAGGUACUUUCCACAUGGAACUUUUCUUACUGCUCUAAUUGGUAACAAUCCUAGCUUCAUCUGGAGGAGUAUAUAUGAAACUCAACCGAUUAUUGCAGCAGGGGCACGUAUUCGUAUUGGCACUAGUUUGACUGUCCCAGUGUUGAGUUCCCCUUGGCUCCCUAAUAUGACCAAUUUGUGUGUGAUAAGCUCUCCAGGUCUUGUUGGGGCAUCCGUUAAUCAGCUAAUGAUUGCUGAUAAUUCUCAAUGGGAUGCUGACAUAUUAAACGAUCAUUUUGAUCAAAGAGACAGGGAUCUCAUCAUCAAUAUUCCUAUUAACUCAUCUAAUUUGGAGGAUGUGUGGUUUUGGCAUCAUGAGAAUUCGGGUAUUUAUUCUGUUAAGAGAUGCUAUCAAUGGCUCCAAGUUUCUAAAGGGAGAUGGUCUGUUGAUAUGGAGUCGAAUCUUUGGCGUUGCUUGUGGAAAACUAAAGUCCCACCUAAGGAUAUUCAUUUUGCUUGGAAAGGCAUCACUGGGUGCCUGGCCACUCAGCUCCACUCAAAACAUGUGUCUGUGCAACUUAGUUGUGUACUCGACCGUGGACAUUCUGCUAUGUUCGAAGAGGCAUUAAUGGUAUCAUGGGCUAUUUGGAGGGCUAAGAAUGAUUUUCUUUGGAACAAGAAAGUCUCCUCUGCUGCUGAAGUUAUUAUUUCAGCACAUGCGGUCUUGAAUCAAUGGAAAAGUGCUUGCUUAAAUCGAUUUAAACCUCUGCCUGAACUGGUGAACAAUCUUAGCAGAUCUAACUCUUGGAUUGCGCCUAUGAAUGCAACUCAAUCCUUUGGUGUGGGAUGUCUUGUCCGUGGGGGUGAUGGUCAGCUUAUUGAGGCUUUUUGCUUGCAUAAAGCCGGUUGUGUUCAGCCUAGCUUAGCUGAGGCCAUUGGUGCCAAAGAGGCAUUAAGUUGGAUCAAGAGGAAAGGUGCUUGUUAUUGGUCAGAUUGUCUUUUUGUUGGUAGCAAUGUUCCUGAUGCUAUUAACGACGUUGUAAUGGCCGAUUUGGUAGAGAACCUUUUUGGCUCUGCUAUUGAUACCAUGAAAUAUGGUGAUUGGAUCAGAGACAACGUGAAUAGUAGGGAGAAGACGAUUAAGCUUGUUUCAGCCAAAGAAAUGUUUGAGUUUGGAUUCUUCACUCCCAAGGGCAGUCCUAGUGAGAAACGAUAUAUUGGGAUAUGGUACUACAACCUCAGUCCAAAGACGGUUGUUUGGGUUGCCAACCGAGAAAAUCCACUAGUCACUGUUAGUGUUGAAAGGCAUGAUCUUGAUGCUAUUCUUUUCACUGGCACACCCCCACCCCAAAAUCUUGUUACUGGAGCUGUCAAUCCCGAAUACACCAACUGGAAAAAGAAGGAUCAAUUGCUUCUUUCAUGGCUUCGGUCCUCUAUGUCUGAAGUUAUUCUUGCAUCUGUUGCAAAUCAUACAUCGGCUCACUCUCUCUGGCGUGCGUUAGAGCAAAAGUUUUCUAGCCAAACCAAAGCCCGAUUGCUGCAACUCAAGGGCCAAUUCUCUCAUGUACACAAAGGAAGUCUCUCCAUCUCCGAAUAUGUCGAAAAAGUUCAAACGAUUGCUGAUGCUCUCACCGUUGCUGGAGCUGCGGUUCAAGAUCAAGAUCUUGUUCUUCAAGUGCUAAAUGGAUUAGGUCCGGACUUUGAUUCUGUUGUCUCCGGAAUAACAGCUCGGAGUGACGAUCUUUCCAUUGAUGAAGUUCAAGCGUUACUGCUGUCUCACGAAAGCCGAUUGGAGCAUCAUCAUCAAAUGCAGGAUCUGUCAAUGAAAAUGCAAGCAAAUCUUGCUUUUGGCUCAGGACGAUCGGGUGGUGUUCGACCUUUUUCCUCCACCAGAAAUGGCAAUCAAGAAACCUCUCACAGUCAAGGCCGUGGGCGUGGGUACUCUCGUUUUCCCCCAAACAGAGUUGUUUGUCAAGUGUGUCUCAAAGUUGGACAUACAGCACCUGUUUGCCAUUAUCGUUUUGACAAGAAUUGGCAAGUUCCUAAACCUGCUGCUACAAAUCCGAGAGCCUACCUCACUGAACAUGAUCUUGAAUAUGAUCCUAUGGCCUAUUCUACUACCAUGGUUCAAGAUUUUGGAGAUGAUUGUCAGUGGUUUGCGGACACCGGAGCCACUCACCAUGUCACCUCAGAUAACAAUCAAUUGGACCAAUCUACUCCUUACAAUGGCACUGAUGGUUUGGCUGUAGGGGAUGGUAAGAAACUUAUGAUUUCUCAUACCGGUUCUACCUUUCUACCCUAUUCUUCUAUUGCUUUAAAAUCUGACAAGCAAACGGGGGCUGUGCUUCUCAAAGGGAAACGUAAACAUGGAUUGUACACACUUGGGGAUACUCCAUUGUUUUCUUGGAUUUAUCCUUUAACAGUCAAAUCUCAGGCCUUUGAUAUGUUCAUUCGGUUCAAGAGCAUGGUGGAGAAGCAAUUUGAAUUACCUAUCAAAGCUGUGCAAGCUGAUGGAGGAGGUGAGUAUAAGCCAUUUGCCAAAUUCCUCUCUGAUCAAGGGAUACUGUUCAGUCAUCCUUGUCCUCAUACUCAUGCUCAAAAUGGGAGAGUAGAGAGAAAGCAUCGACAUGUGACUGAAACUGGACUCACUCUUCUUGCACAAGCUGGUCUUGACUUAAAAUACUGGUGGCAUGCAUUUUCUUGUGCAACUUUCACAAUAAAUAGACUUCCUACACCGGUAUUGGGAAAUAUAAGUCCUUUUCAAUGUCUAUUCGGUCAAGAACCUGACUAUACUAUCCUAAAACCAUUUGGGUGUGCGUGUUUUCCUCAUCUACGACCUUACAAUGCCCACAAAAUUGAGAUGCGAUCUCAACAAUGCUUGUUCUUGGGAUACUCUUCCUAUCAUAAAGGCUACUUGUGUGAAAGUAACCAAGGAAGAAUUUACAUAGCUCGUAAUGUCAUCUUUAAUGAAGGAUUUUUCCCAGGCCAUAAUUCUGAUCUGCAACAACAAAACCAGCAGGUACAUCAAUCUUCAUCUACUCCUAAUUUUCCAUCUGCUACAUUUUUCACCCAAAAUACUUAUCAAGAUUCUAAUAACAAUGUCCCUUUUGGAAAUAUUUCGAGGGAAACAUCUCAUGAACCACAACCUGCUACUCCUGGUGGUGUCACUGCCAGUCAAAAUGGCAACAAUCUUGCAACCAAUGCUACUACUGGUUUACACAGUCCAUCUGCAACUCCAUCAGUUCACAGUACACCUCUCAUUACUCAACAUAUUCCACCUUCUACUACCCAAAAUCCCACGACCAAUGUCCCCCAACAUACAAAUCCCCAUAUCACCAACAAUGAUAUACCACAUACUUCUGCUCACUCCCAAUCUCUACCUCACUUACAUCCACCAAAUCCCACCCGAUCCCAUGCCAUGACAACUCGUUCUCAAAAUGGCAUAAGAAAACCAAAAGUGUACUGUGCUACUAAACAUCCUCUACCAGAAGCAUUAAUACCCACUGAACCAAAGUCUGUUAAGGCCGCCCUCAAAGACCCGAAGUGGCAUGCUUCAAUGUCUACUGAAAAUACAGCUUUAAAGAAGGCAAAGACUUGGACUUUAGUUCCAAGAACUGAUGAUAUGCAGGUCAUUAGCAACAAGUGGAUUUUUCGAGUUAAACUAAAUGCAGAUGGAUCUUUGGAUCGAUGUAAGUCUCGGUUAGUUGCAAGAGGAUACUUACAACUUCCUGGGAUUGACUACGAAGAAACUUUCUCACCUGUUGUGAAGCCCGUGACCGUUAGAACUGUACUUUCCUUGGCUGUAUCAAACAAUUGGCGUGUUACUCAACUUGAUGUGAGUAAUGCCUUUCUAAAUGGCACUUUAAAUGAAGUGGUGUACAUGCAACAACCUCCUGGAUUUGAAGAUGAACAACAUCCUGAUUAUGUGUGUUUGUUGCACAAGGCUAUAUACGGGUUAAAGCAGGCACCCCGCGCUUGGAAUGACAAGUUAAAACAGAGCUUAUUGCAGAUGGGAUUUCACAAUUCUCGGGCAGAUACUUCCCUCUUUAUACACGGUUCUGGCCAUAAUUUGGUUGUGUUACUUGUAUAUGUCGAUGACAUAUUAGUAACCGGACCAAACCAGCAGCUGAUAUCACAGUUGGUAACUAAUCUAAACUCUCAAUUCUCUCUUAAAGACUUAGGGGAAGUCCAUUAUUUUCUUGGAGUUGAGAUAGUAAGAACUGAAAAUGGUAUGCAUCUAUCUCAAUCCAAAUAUAUUACUGAUUUACUUCUCAAAGUUCACAUGGAGGGUGCUAAACCGUGUCCUAAUCCGAGUAGUUCAACUGUGAAACUCAGUCUCACCGAGGGAGAACCAUUUGAUAAUCCUACUUUGUACAGAAGUACCAUUGGUGCACUACAAUAUCUUAGUUUAACAAGACCGGAUGUUGCAUAUAUUGUUAAUAAACUAAGUCAAUUUCUAAAAGCACCUACUAUAGUUCAUUGGGAAGCAUGCAAGAAAUUGUUGAGGUAUUUGAAAGGCACCAUCAGUCACGGCCUCAUUCUCAAACCAGCACAAACUCUUUCUAUUGAAUGCUAUUCAGAUGCCGAUUGGGGAAGUUGCAUAGAUGAUCGAAAAAGCACAGGUGGUUAUGUGGUGUUUUUGGGUGGAAAUUUAAUAUCAUGGUCUGCUAAAAAGCAACAUGUGGUCGCUCGAUCAAGUACUGAAAGCGAAUUUAGAGCUUUAGCUAAUGCCGCUGCAGAAGUAAAAUGGAUUGGUUCGUUAUUAACUGAACUUCAGGUGCAGGUGCCUCAAUCUCCGAUUAUUUGGGUUGAUAAUCAAAGUGCCGCUGCGCUCGCUGCUAAUCCAGUGUUUCAUGCUCGAUCUAAACAUAUUGAACUUGACUUACACUUUGUUAGAGAUCAAAUUUUAGCAAAACAACUUCAAGUUCGGUAUGUUCCAGCAUUGGAUCAAGUAGCUGAUCUGCUUACUAAAUCCCUUUCAACUGACAGAUUUUUGUACCUAAAGUCCAAACUUCAAAUGGCUAUCACCCCUUUUCGUUUGCGGGGGGAUGUUAGUGUUGAAAUCACCACUUCAAGAACAAGAGGAGGAACCUUUGGUAUUGGAGAAGAUGGUAACCUUCAACUUUUUGAUUAUAAAGGAAGGUCAUUUUGGUCUUCAAAUCUCGAAUCUUUCUCAUCUUCAAACAGGACAUUAACCCUUUUGGAUACUGGAAAUCUGGUGUUAACAGAGUAUAACGGUAUAAGAUUGUGGGAGAGCUUUAAAAACCCAACUGAUACAUUUCUUCCUGGUAUGAAGAUGGAUGAGAAUGAGAGCUUAACAUUGACUUCAUGGAAAGACGAGUUUGACCCUUACAAUGGUGACAUAUCGUUUACUAAGGGUGAGGGAACUAACUCGUUCGUGAUCCGUAACAAAACGGGUACUCGUUGGAAAAGUGCUGAAGUCAGUAUGUUCUUAAGCUCAAAUCAGAUGCCGACUACGAUAACAAACUUUUUAGAGAACAAAAGGGGUGUUGCUCAUAAAAAUACUACUUACAAAACUGGACCAGAAAUCUCAAAUUAUAAUUACUCAAGGUUAGUGAUCAACUCUAAUGGAAAACUUGAGUACUUGAGUUGGGACCAAAAUUGGACAGUGGCAUGGUCUGUACCAAGUGAUAGAUGCGAUGGGCUAAACAUUUGUGGCGAUUUCGGGAUCUGUAACAGUAAUGAACAGAUGAGGUCGUGCAGAUGCUUGCCGGGAUUUAAGUCGAGCCUGGUGGAGGAGUGGUAUUCUGGAGAUUACUCAGAUGUUUGUAGCAGAGGAGCAAAACUAUGCAACGGUAACGAUUCAUUCUUGGGGUUGAAGAUGAUGAAAGUGGGGAGACGAGACUCAACAACAAGCAUACAAGUUAACAACGUAACUGAAUGUGAGAAGACUUGCCGUGAUGAUUGCAAAUGCCAGGCUUAUUCACUUGAGACUCAUCAGAAUAGUUGGAACAGAGGGGAUUCAACUCAAACUAAUUUGAGUUGUUGGACAUGGUCUGAAAAUCUAAACGAUCUUCAAGAAGAAAAUAUUACUAAGGAUGGCGUUCACACCUUCUUUGUACGAGUUGCCUUAUCCAAUUUAAAAGAUGAAACUUCAAAUCCAAGAAUAGUAAAGCCUAGGAGAAGAAAAUCGUUAUAUCUAAUUGUUUCCCUUACAGUUACAAGCGUAAUUGUUCUGUCAAUCAUUAUAAUUUCGUUUAUCAGUUGGAGAAAAAGGAAGACCAAAAGACGAGAGAACAGAAAACUAUUUGACCAGCAAAACAGAGCACUCAACAAGUUGGACACUGAGAGACACAUCCAAGAAUUGAUGAACUCCAGCGAAAUCAAGGAGGAAGAUGAGAAAGGCAUAGAUGUACCAUUUUUCACUUUAGAAAGUAUACUCACCGCAACAAAUAAUUUAUCUGUGGAAAACAAACUUGGACAAGGGGGUUAUGGACCUGUUUACAAGGGAAAAUUUCCAGGAGGCCAAGAAAUUGCAGUAAAGAAGCUGUCAAGUGUUUCAAGACAAGGGAUACAUGAAUUCAAGAAUGAAGUGAUUUUAAUAGCAAAACUUCAGCAUCGUAACCUUGUUAGACUUCGGGGAUAUUGCAUAGAGAAAGACGAGAUGAUUUUACUCUACGAGUACAUGCCUAACAAAAGCUUAGACUCCUUCAUAUUUGAUGACACAAAAAGGGCCUUAUUGAAUUGGGAGAUACGCUUUGACAUUAUUAUGGGGAUAGCUCGAGGGCUUCUUUAUCUUCAUCAAGACUCUAGACUAAGAAUCAUUCACAGAGAUUUGAAGACCAGUAAUAUCCUUUUAGAUUGUGAUAUGAAUCCCAAAAUAUCUGACUUUGGCUUGGCAAGGAUGGUUGGAGGUAAAAAAACAGAGGACAACACAAACAGAGUAGUUGGAACUUAUGGUUACAUGUCACCAGAAUACGUUCAAGGAGGAGUUUUCUCUGUCAAAUCGGAUGUGUUUAGCUUUGGGGUUGUUCUACUUGAGAUUGUAAGUGGAAAAGGGAGCACACGAUUUGUCCAUUUCGAAUGUGAUGAACCCCUAAGCCUCCUCGGUUAUGUAUGGAAACUUUGGACAGAAAGCAAAGUGUUGGAAUUAAUGGACCAAACUUUAGAGGAAAGUUACAAAGAAGAUCAAUUUAUUAAGUGUGUAAAUAUUGGGCUCUUGUGCGUACAAGAAGAGGCAAUUGAUCGGCCCAACAUGUCAAACAUCGUAACCAUGCUUGACUGUGACUUUGUAACCCUUCCAUCUCCUAAACAACCAGCUUUUGUCCACAGAAGAGACUCAAGUAGCACACCUUCUUCUAGUAAUAAGCCUGGAACGAAUGCUGAAAUAAGUUAUACCAUGGAAGAAGGCCGAUAGAGUUCCAUGAAGGAAGAUUCAGUUGAGUUAGUCUUCUGCUAGGUUAGUUUAUGUAAUGGUCUUUAAAUGCUCUUGCUUAAGGGAUUAUGUAUCAUAUAGUUUAUUAUCAUAAUAUUUCCCUCCCAUUCUUUAACCGUCAUGUUGUACAAGGUUAAAAUAGGAAUAGCAUAUUUGUAUAAAUGAUUAAAAAUGAAAAAUGGCUAUAAGCAUCUCCAA